AUGCGGCCGGACUCGCUUUUGUCAGCGCACGAAAUCGGCGAAGGCCUCUCCGUGCUAAUCAUCCAUGGAUGGGGGUUAAGUGGCAAGGUCGAGGAGCAGGACUUUGAGCCAAUCUUCACCACCAGACUCGGUCUUCGCCGGAUCUAUGUCGACCUUCCAGGCAUGGGCAAAACACCGGCAAGAAAUGUCAAAGACCUGGACGAGAUGUAUCAUCGCCUGGUGCAAUUUAUUGAUACCCGGCUUGCAAAUUCAAAGUUCCUACUUAUAGGCUCAUCGUGUGGCGGCUACCUCGCGCGUGCCCUCGCUCAAAAAUACGCUGACCAAGUCGAUGGUUUACUAUUGCGAGUGCCGCUUAUCGAACCCAAGGACAGCUUGCGUGAUCUCGAUCCCUUCCAACCAUUGGUUGUAAAUGAGCAGCUCAUGUCAAGCAUAUCCCGCGAGGACAAGGCGCUUCUCGGAGACGUUCACGUCCAGACACCUGCGUAUAUCAAGUCUCUCAAGGCGAAAAAUGAAGCUGUGCUUCCAGAACUGAAAGCGAUAGACAACGAAGCGCUAGAUCCCAUCAGGUCAGACCCACAGCGAUAUCAGUUAUCUGUUGCUUCAGAAAUUCAAGAUUCCAAGUUCUUCGCGCCCACGCUUAUCGUGUGUGGUCGACAAGACGAGACCGUGGGCUACCGAGACAGCCUCCGCCUGCUGGAGCUCUAUCCACGAUCGACCUACGCUGUUCUAGACCGCGGCAGACACGACCUCCCUAUUGAUGAGACUGGUCUUUUCGAGGCUCUUGUUCGUGAUUGGCUCACUCGCAUUGACGAGUGGCGAGGUCGUACGGAUAAAUAA